UAAAAUAAACGUAAAAACUGACUUCAUAAAGAGGAAAAGCAUCAGUGCCACGGGGGACUUCUCUUUGAAAAUUCAGCCUUUCUUCCCCCAAAACAAAACUCCACACUAAAAGAAAAAAAAAUUUCCCUAAGAUGUCACUCUCGACGCGGCAGAGGCGAUCCUCGCCGUUGGAUCUUCCAUCAUCAUCGUCAUCACAACCGUUGGAACCAGAAUCAUACUCGAAGGUGGACAAGCCAGGACGAUCAUCAUCGGACGGCGGGGAAGAGUCGGGAAACGACCGCGGAUUGGGGUGGUUCACGGUGUUGUUUGCGCUGGGAAUGCUACGGUACAUGAGCGCCUCGUCGAAUAUAAUACACGACUGCGAUGAAGUGUUCAAUUAUUGGGAGCCUCUUCAUUAUCUUCUCUACAAAUCCGGUUUCCAAACUUGGGAGUAUAGUUCUAAGUUUGCGCUUCGGUCAUAUUUGUACAUUAUUUUCCACGAAUUAGUUGGUCAACCUGCUUCCUGGCUUUAUGCCGAUGAAAAAGUGAGAGUUUUCUAUGCUGUGAGACUCUUUCUUGGUCUUCUUUCUGUUACUUCAGAUGCCACUCUGGUGGUAGCAGUUUCCAGAAAGUAUGGAAAACGCCUUGCUUCUUAUGCACUUGCAAUGCUUUGCUUAGCUAGUGGUUGUUUCUUUGCCAGCACAAGUUUUCUGCCUAGUUCUUUCUCUAUGUAUGCCAUGAGCCUUUCAUCAGGGUUAUUCCUUCUUGAGAAACCUGCAUGGGCUGUUGCAGUUGCAGCUGUGGGAGUAAUCCUAGGUUGGCCAUUUUCCAUCUUGGCAUUUCUUCCAGUCACAUUGUCCUCUUUAGCUAAACAAUUCAAACAAGCAUUUCUUUCUGGUGCUGUCACCUCAACCGCCCUUCUUGCAUUCUCCAUACUUGUUGAUCACUACUACUACCAACGAUGGACAUCAUCUGUUUUUAAUCUCUUAAUGUAUAAUGUCUUAGGAGGUGGUGAGAGCCAUUUGUACGGGACUGAGGGACCACUUUUUUAUAUAAGGAAUGGGUUUAACAACUUCAACUUCUGUUUCAUCUUUGCUCUGCUUUUUCUGGGAAUUCUACCAAUUGCAAGGAAGAAGUAUGCCCCAGACCUGUUUAUUGUAAUCUCUCCUCUUUAUAUCUGGCUGGCCUUUAUGUCUUUGCAACUGCACAAAGAAGAAAGAUUCCUUUAUCCUAUAUAUCCACUUGUUUGCAUUGCUGCUUCAGCUGUCAUUGAGAGCUUUCCUGAUCUUUUCCGAGACAAAUAUAAUCCGUACAAUAAUUCUAUUAUAGUUAUGACAGCCAAAAUUCUUAGACCUGUGGCCCUCAGCCUCAUAUUAUGUGCCUCACAUUCACGUACAUUUUCAUUGAUCAAUGGUUAUGCUGCUCCUUUGGAGGUUUACAAGAUUUUGGAGCACCAUGAUGAUGCAGGAACUGGUUCUGUACUUUGUGUUGGAAGUGAGUGGCAUCGUUUCCCAUCAUCAUUUUUUAUUCCUAAUUAUAUUGGUGAAGUGAGAUGGAUUGAUGAUGGAUUCCGAGGCCUUCUUCCCUUCCCUUUCAAUGCUACUCUGGGCGGGACUUCAGCAGCACCACCAUAUUUUAACAAUAAAAACAAGGCAUCAGAUGAGCAAUAUCUCCAGGAUCUUCAAGCUUGUACAUUCCUGGUCGAGCUGCAGCUCAACCGACCUUACCCUUAUCGUGGAAAUGACUUAUCGACAUGGGAGCCUAUUGCAGCGCUGCCUUACUUGGAUAGGGAGCUCUCACCUGCCAAGUAUCGGUCAUUUUUCAUCCCAUACUUGUGGCAGCAGAAGAAUGUCUUUGGCAUGUAUAAGCUUCUGAAAAGAGUAUCCAAACCAAAAAGAUAAAUUACGUGUUAGUUACUUUCUCCUCAGUUCUAGUGUUUUUUUCUUCCUCUUUCAGGAGUAUGCUAAAAUGAAAAACCAGAAGGAAAAUUAGAACACUAAAACACGUUGACCCGAGUUUUGAGAUGAUUCUAUGGUCAUUCUUGCUUCAUGUAGGCUUUAUGCGGUGUUUGUGCUGAUUAAGUUCUCUUGUUACUUGGUUUGUUUAUUUAUGGUUUAUUACUCUUUCAUUUCCCUUCUUUGGUUCUAAGUAGGGAUUGCAGACUAACUUUAAUUCGUGGUUUUCAAUCCAACCGUUUCGGAUCGUUUUUUAAUUUGGUUCGGCCAUUGGGGCAGUUUUACUUUUUUGAGGUCAAGGUCGGAUCGUAGGUGAUUUUAGAGGAAAUCCACCAUGCUCCUGAACCGACUCGGUAUAUUCACCAAAAUAUCCUUAGAUAUAUAAUAUUAUUUUAGGGUUUACCCAUUACUUCUUUUCUUUUAUCUUAUCUUCAGCUUCCUCCGCCUCACUCUAUUCCUUUGUUUCACUUGUGCCAAAAGUUUUCAUGAAAAGAAAAAAAUUGUCGGAAAAUCCCAAACAAGUCAUGCCCACCAACAUUGAAUUCCAGUUUGUUGAAGUCAAAACGGAAUCGAAAAGCGAAACGGAGUCCUAGAACGAGCUAGUCUACGAAAGUUGCUAGAGCUCCAGCGCAACGUUGAUUUUGUUGAGACUAUGAAACGUACAUAUCAUUGAGGGUGCUAAGAAGGUAUGCAACAUUUGUAAGGAUUCAUUAUGUGGCGAUCCAUCGACAUGUGAAAUGGUGGUGGCUUAAAUUCCAUAUGCCAUGAUCGUGAGUAAAUGUACUUCUCACUUACAGUAUAACUGCCCUCAUAAUCAUCAUUGAUUUAAAAAUUGGUCACCACUAAAUGUUGGUGUAUCGGGGUUUGCUUAGUGAAUGAUAGCAGGUAAUUAGUUGUCCUCAUAAUCAUAUCAUUGAUCGUUAUUUCAAAUUCAUGCUUAUAAUUCAAUUUCGUGAAUUUAGGAAAAGUACAAUUCAAUUUCAUGAAUUUUGUAAAAAUAGGCUCAAUAAUUAAAUCGAUGAGAUGUGCAUUAGAUUUAUAAAAUGUGUUUUAUAGUUAGGUUAUUUAAAUGAGCAUAUAUAUAUUUAUAUAUAUAUAUACAUAUUUAUACACAAACACGUAUUUGAGUUGAGAAACUUCUUUCAAAAUCAGAGUUAGGUUUAGAAAGGUUGAGUCAGAGACGCAAAACUCAUAAAAUACAAGUUCUUUAAUCAUCCCUGACCAAAACUAAAAUUCCGAUGUUAGCAUGUAACAAACCAUUUGUUAAGUUGUCUUUAUUUUCUGGAUGGUAUUUAGUUUUACAGCUGGCAAGGUGAGACCAAACAAAAACAAGAAUAGCAGAACUGCUUUCAAGUAUGGAAUUGCGGUAUUAAGAAUUCAUCGCUUACCGCACAUCCAAACCGGAGAAAAAAUGGCAGUCUCAGCUUACAUUAAAGCACUUUAUGCUGAUUUGUGAACUUUUCUUAGAACUAGGAAUGUCAAUGGGUCAUCUUAGGUGGAUUUUUGCUUGCUCCACUUUCGAUCCGAUCUUCCUACAUCUCUAUUUGAUCUUCGACUUGCCCUCACUUAAGAGUUUUUUAUUAUGAAACCCAACUUCAAAGGAUAGAAGUCCUUCCAACUUUGACUCGACUAAAUAUAAUAUAUAUAUAUAUAUCUAUAUUGAAAUUACUUAACCUUAAAACACAUUUUAUAAAUCUAAUGCACAACUCCUUGAUUUAGUCAAUGGUAUGUUGAGCUUCUAUUUCCAUAUUUCAUGAAACUGAUUAUAACCAUGAAUUUGAAAAAGCAUCAAUGAUACGAUUAUGAGGGCAACUAAUUACUAUUAUUAUUCAUUAAGCAAACCCAGAUACAACAAACAUUCAACAUUGAUUAAUUUGCUCAAGUAGACAGACUUAGACUUUAAAUUUUGUUUUGUUUUUAUUUAGAGUUAUUAAUUUUUUAAAAAAAAUUUGUUUGACUGAGACUUCACUAGGAGAAUUUUUGUUUGACUGACACCACAAGAUGGUUGCACAUACUUGUGAUGAAAAAGCUCAUAAUUCAUGUGUUUCAAGACAGUCUAACAAGUUCUGCUGCUAGAUGGUAUGUCCAGCUUAAUAGAACUUGCAUCCGACCGUGGAUAGAGUUAGCAAGGUCAUUCAUUACUCACUAUCACUAUCUCAUAGACUUGACCCUUGAUCAACUGUCCUUACAAAAUAUGAAAAAGAAAGUUACUGAAACUUUCAAAGAGUAUGCACAAAGGUGGAGAGAUAUAAUUGCCUAAGUUCAAACACCUCUUACUGAGAAGAAAACCAUUGUUUUGUUUGUCACUACCUUGAAGGCUCCUUACUACAAAAGAAUGUUUGAGAAUGCUACUAAAAACUUUGUUGACAUGGUGAUUUCUGAUGAAAUUAUUGAAAACACAAUAAAAAAAUGACAAGUUAGAUGGAGUUGAGUUAUCAAUGUAAAGAAAGUCAAUGCACUUAGGAAAAAGGAAAGUGAAGCUCAAGCCGUAAGCUAUCAAGGGCAAGAAUUUGAAAAUUUUAUCCCAUAUUACCACCACCCAAUGCACCAAGCCCAAGUAGUUAUAACUUAUUAUCAGUUAGUGCCAACAUCAGUUUUUCAACCAGCCUUUUAGCCUCCUACAUAUGUGCAUUGCCCUAUCACUACUCCAAUUGCUAAACCCACUAACCAAGAAAAUGGUUUGAGAAGACUUUGAAACAAUCAAGAAAGAGCCCAAAUCGAUCCUAUCCCAAGAACAUAUACUAAGUUAUUCUCGGAGCUUGUUAAAAAUGACUUGGUAGCACCUAUUUAGCUAGAACCGUUAAAGCCACCUUAUCCAAAGUGAUAUGAUGCCAAUAUCGCUUGUGAUUAUCACAAUAAGAAUGUGAGACAUUCAAUAAAAAGUUGUCUUGCUUUCAAGCACAAAGAGCAAAGUUUGAUUAGAGUAAGCUUGGUGAGUUUUGCUAAGCCAGAUGGGUUGAACAUCGUAAAAAACCCUUUGCCUAACCACAUAGAGGCAUAAUUUUGAGAAUGAUAAAGAAAGUUAGAGUUAUCUGAAGUUGCUUGUUAUUUUAGAAUUUCUUUUAGAUAAUGCUA